AUGCCUUUUCUGAAGAAGCUGCCAGGGCGGUCAAAGGGUUGCCACAACAACAAAGGCCUAGGAGGUGGAGGAGGAGGAGGAGGAGGUGGAGGCCUCGUGGAGCAGCAGACUACCAGUGGCACCCUCAAUCCCUUCGAGGAAGUGGACCUUCAACAGCAGCAGCAGCAGCAGACCCACACAUAUUUUCCAGAGGAAGCCUUGGCCCUGGAGCGGGCCCAGCAGCGACAUUGUUCCUUCGACAGCGAGCCGGAGGAGAAUGGUGGAGGUGGAGGAGGAGGAGGAGGAGGAGGAGGAGGGUCAAAGGGCAGGGGCACACUGGUGCGUCUCUACAGCUCGUCCCCGCUGAAGACACUGGGGAAGUUGGGGAAAGAGCUGCGCAACACGGCCCGCAACAAGUGGGGCGCCGGCAGCAACGGGCCCAGCUCCCGCAGCUCCACCCUGCCCAAUGAGAAGAGGCGGAACAGCCGCAGGGGAUCGGAGGAGAUCAUGAACCUGCUGAGAUUUAGUCUGGCCAGCCUCCGCAAGGACUCCACCUGCAGGGACAGCAUCCACGGCGACCCCAGCAUCGAGAUCGACGACAACGAUCGCCGACGGCCGUCCUUCCUGCGCAUCGUGAGCCUGGGCAAGCUGCGGCGGGAGUCCAUGAUAGACCGCAUCUCCCAGGAGUCCCUGGAGGAGAGAGUGGAGACCCCGCCAGAGGUCAAGCCCAGGGAGCCCCUCUCAGUCCUGGAGAUCCUCCGCCUGGUGAACCAGCGGAACCUGCUCCUGGCCGACACGCACAUCCAGGAGCUGGAGCGGGAGUGCGAGCUGGACCAAAACAACGGCCCCAGCAUGGCGGCCCUCACCUCCCGCCGCUCCAGCGCCAUGUCGGCCGGCAGCGGCGCCGAGUCCACCAUGUCGGCCACCUCCUCGGGCCUGUGGCUGGGGGGCGACUCCGUGGGGGGCCGGCGCAAGGCCAAGGACGUGGAGCUGCUCUACGAGGCCCUGCAGCAGGAGAUGUGGGACGUGGUGCGGGAGUCUCUGCGGCAGCCGUGCGCCGGGCCGCAGCUUGGCCUGGUCGUCCUGGUGAUCCAGCAGGAGGAGCAGGCGGACGCCGCCUGGAUCCAGCGCGAGAAGGACUGCUCCCUGCCCGAGAGCAUCCACCGCGAGCGGGAGCGCGGCUUCUCCAUCUCCAUGAGCCACAGCGUGUCCAUGUCCCACAGCGAGGGCUUCGGGACGGGCAUGGGCAUGGGCAUGGGGAUGGGGACGGGACUAGGGGGGCUCGGGUCUGGGUCCAGCUCCAGGCCGCGGGGGCUGAUGAGGCGCUGGCAGGAGGCGGUAGGCGAGGCGGCGGACUGGUCCCUGCCCCAGCCGGGGGGCAUCUCGGCGGGCCAGCUGGCCGGGUUCCUGGAGCGGCUGAGCGGGCGGGUGCUGGAGGACCUGGACGCGGCCAAUAGGAACGUGGUGGCCAUCUACCCGGAGGAGUUCGGGGCGUUCCAGGUGUACGUGCGGAGCUACCACCGGGCGGUGGCGUCCAGGCUGAAGACACUCACCAGCGGGCCGCUGCAGAUCACAGACACCUACGCCCUCCUGGACUGGAUCUACAACAUCUACAGCAGGGAUGUGCUAGGACCAGUGGGGAAGAUGGCCCCAGUUGACUGCACACAGUUAGAGCCGCUGCUGCCCCCCAAGUGUAUUGACAGACUGGAGCAGGACUGUGUCAAUACUGUCAAGGACAAGGUUAGCAUUGAGCUCUCACAAGUACUGGAGGACGAGGAGAGAAGAUGGGCCCAGUCUAUGCACAUUGAGGAGUACCAGUCCAACCUUGCACGCUCAGUCAUACAGCGAUUGAAAAUAGACAUCGAUAGAUCCACAGCCAUCAACGAGCAGUUGGGAGCUCGGGUGGCCCGCUGCACUCUCAGUGGCCUAGCAGACUUCCUGCAGAGUUUCAGGAGGAAGGUGGAGCUGUUUCACGAGACGCAGGCUGAUUUCGGAGACAGAGGGGACGGCUACAUCUCCAAGACGAUCGCCCUCGUCAACUGCAUUCCUCCCUUCAGGAACUUUGUGGACCGAUGCCGGCAGUGUGAUUCGCUGGGGAGCGAGGAUUCCCUGUACCAGGCCCACUCCUCUCUGGAGACCAUUGUCAACCAGGCCACUCAAGUACUCACCGACAAACUGUUUGAGAAUAUCAGGCCCUUUUUCGAUAAACUGGUGAAACGGAAAUGGAUAAACAACACUGAGGCCUAUGAGAAUAUAGAGAUGAUCAUCAAACAGCACUUCAAGAAGUUCCGUAGAAUGGACUGCCCUCCAUAUCAGACGCUGGUGAAUGAGGUACACAGGCGGGUCCUGAUCGAGUAUGUAAGAGCCAUCAUGAAAGGCCGCGUCAUCUGCACGUCCCUGAAGAUGAGGAAGAGGGUGGCCUACAGACUCCAGGACGAGGCCAAACAGAUCAAAGCACUUUUCAAAGACCUGGAAUCUGAAUGUUCAUGGUUUGACAGUGUCAUUGGCCACUUGGCAGACAUCAUUCUCCUCGAGGACAUUCCGUCCAUUCAGAUGGAGGUGGGAGUUUUGGUGAAGGAGUUUCCGGACAUACGGAGAAGACACAUCUCCACGGUGCUAAAUGUCCGGGGGAUGAUGCAGCAGACGCAGCGGCAGGUGAUCCUAAGCAUCGUGGGCGAUCUGGAGAACAGCGAGAGCCCCGUGCACAUACCGCACGACCACACCCUCUUCUCCGAGAUCCCCGUCACCAGCGAGAUGUCCUGCGUGGGCCUGGUGGUGGUGCGAGUGGCCCUCACCGUGUCCUCCUGGGUGGCUCCCAUAUGGCCGCGCCGCAGAUUUAGGUACCGCCAUCGCCGCGGCUACACAUGAGACUCUCUCAGGUGGCCAUCUUGGAAAAGGAGGCCAUCUUGGUCCAUGGAGGAAUUCAUGCGAUAUGAUUGUAAAAGGGAAAACAUGAAAAGGAAUGUGCAAAAUCUUCGGUCUCAACUGAAAGAAAAGUGUGAAUUAAAUAUGGAUGUAAAUAAACAUAAUCAAGACAGACACAGUUGCAGACAAUGGCUUUCAACAGGACUAUUUGCCAAUAAUGCAACGAUAUGUGCAGUUAUGUUACAUAAAAUGUUUAUCGCGUUUCAUUUGUUUUAGUCAUGAGAUCAUAUUUUUCACAGAGUAUGGACUCAUAACAUCCUACUACAGCUCGAUGAAUCAAAAGACUAAAAAUGUUCACCGUAUUUAGUAAAACACUAUUUCAUUCAGUUUUGUAAUUUAUGUUUAAAAUUGUAAAUGAAAAUGAAGAAUUAAGAAUGUGCUGGAAACUUGCUGAUCUUGAGGGGUUGUUGCAUCAACCAAAUCUAUUUAUUGCUUUGUAGUUAAGCACCUUAAAAUGUGCAAUAAUCUCAUAUUUCCCCUCACAUGUUUUUUGUUUUCUUGAUGUUGUGUUUCCGUUGUAUUUGCAUUGGUGUGGAUUAUCCACCAUCUUCAUAUUUUUGAAAGAAAUACUGUCACACGCUGCUUUGAAAGACAAUAAACCUGCUCAGCCAAAUGCUUGGGCUUGGCAUAAACUUGAUCAGACAAAUAUUGUUCUCUUUCCAUGAACUGGUUCAUCAGUUAUUUAAAAGAAAUGGCCACCAACUGCCAACCAUUCUUUUCUACUCUGUGACCCUUGUGACUUGAAGAAAUAAAUUAUGAGUGAAAAACG